CAGGAAGUUGUGUUCAGUGUUCGCCUGCGAUCGCUAGCUUUAUGGAAAGCUGAACCGCAGCACAAGUUUAGGAAUACCACCAAGACUUUAUUUUUUGUUUGGACUUGGAUUCAAAGUUUUUUAGUUGAAUUGAUCGGUUUGUUGGUAAACACACAGCUAUGUGCAGCUGUGUGCGGGGCUCCAGAACUCUGGUCCCUGCCAUGCUCCCCAGGCUGCUGCUGCCUCAGACGGGCCACAGACUCAAUGGCAGGGCGCUGUGGACCUCUCCCUCCUUGAAAGCUGGCACUGGAGAUACCCAGCUGCCCCCUCUGCCUGGCCAGGCCCGUGUAGUGAUCUGCGGUGGAGGCAUUGUGGGCACAUCAGUGGCAUAUCACCUGGCCCGCUUGGGCUGGACUGAGAUAGUGCUGCUGGAGCAGGGCAGACUCGGUGCUGGAACAACAAGACUGAGUGCCGGCAUAGUUAGUGUUGCUAAACCUAUUUCCAUAGAGUGUCAAAUGGCAAACUAUUCCAACACUCUGUACCAGCAACUGGAAGAAGAGACAGGAGUUAAAACCGGGUAUGUGAAGACUGGCUCACUGUGCCUCGCCCAAAAUCAAGAUCGAUUCAUCUCUCUAAAGCGCUUGGCUUCCAGACUCCGAGUAAUGGGCAUCAGCUGUAACAUAAUCAAGCCAAAAGAUAUAGCUAAACUCCAUCCACUUGUUAACAUUCAUGACUUGGUGGGGGCUCUUCAUCUUCCUGAGGAUGCCGUGGUUUCUUCACCUGAUGUCAAUCACGCACUUGCUGUUGCAGCAGCUGGAAAUGGGGUCCAAAUUCUGGAAAGAACCACUGUCCAACAAGUUUUGGUGGAAAAGGGACAGGUGAUGGCCGUAGAGACAGAUCGGGGCUCCAUUGAGUGUGAAUUUUUUGUCAACUGUGCGGGACAGUGGGCUUAUGAGCUUGGCCAAGCGAGUGAGAUGAAAGUGUCCGUUCCUCUUCAUGGAUGUGAACACUUUUAUCUUCUCACCAAACCACUCGAAGAUCCAGUUCAGUCCAACACUCCAGUGAUUCUUGAUAUGGAUGGAAGGAUUUAUGCACGGCCCUGGCAGGGGGGAAUCCUUUCAGGGGGUUUUGAGAAGAAUCCAAAACCCAUUUUUACUGAGGGUCGUAACCAGCUGGAGAUCCAGAAUAUGCAGGAGGACUGGGACCACUUUGAGCCCAUGCUGAGUGCACUGCUAAGAAGAAUGCCUAAUCUGGAGUCUGCAGAAAUUCAACAGUUGGUCAAUUGUCCAGAAUCCUUUACUCCUGAUAUGCGCUGCCUGAUGGGGGAAACACCGGGUGUUUCUGGUUACUACGUGCUGGCUGGAAUGAACUCGUCUGGCCUGGCUUUUGCUGGAGGAGCUGGAAAGUAUCUGGCAGAAUGGAUGAGUUAUGGCUACCCCACAGCUAAUGUCUGGCCACUUGACAUCAAGCGAUUUGGCAACUUGCAAAGUAGCCGAACCUUCCUGCGACACAGAGUUAUGGAAGUCAUGCCUCUGUUGUAUGAGCUAAAAGUCCCACGGUGGGACUUUCAGACUGGUCGUCAGCUGAGGACUAGCCCCCUGUAUGAUCGUCUGGAUACACAGGGAGCUCGCUGGAUGGAGAAACACGGCUUUGAGAGACCCAAAUAUUUUGUGCCCCCAGGGAAAGAUCUGCUUUCACUGGACCAAAGUAAAACCUUCUAUAAACCAGACUGGUUUGACAUUGUCGGAGCUGAAGUGAAGUGCUGUAAAGAGGCUGUCUGUGUCAUUGACAUGUCUUCUUUUACCAAAUUUGAACUGACUUCAGCUGGUGACCAGGCCCUUACGUUGCUGCAACAUCUUUGUGCGAAUGACCUUGAUGUUCCAGUUGGACAUAUUGUACACACUGGGAUGCUAAACAAGAGAGGAGGAUAUGAGAAUGACUGCAGUGUGGUUCGAGUGAGCAAGAACAGCUUCUUUAUAGUUUCUCCAACAGACCAACAAGUUCACUGUUGGUCUUGGAUUAAAAAACACAUGCCCAAUGAUCCACAUCUGCAUCUAGAAGAUGUCAGCUGGAAAUACACAGCUCUAAACCUGAUUGGGCCACGAGCAAUGGAUGUUCUGGCAGAGUUGUCCUAUGUUUCAAUGACACCUGACCACUUCCCUUCCAUGUUUUGUAAGGAGAUGAGUGUUGGAUAUGCCAAUGGCAUCAGAGUGAUGAGCAUGACUCACACAGGAGAACCAGGCUUCAUGCUCUACAUUCCUAUUGAGUAUGCCCUCCAUGUAUACAAUGAAGUGAUGUCUGUGGGUCAGAAGUAUGGGAUUCGUAAUGCUGGGUACUACGCAUUGCGUAGCUUGAGAAUUGAAAAAUUCUUUGCGUUUUGGGGCCAAGACCUGGAUGCUUUCACUACUCCACUGGAGUGUGGACGGGAGUUCAGAGUAAAAUUUGAUAAGGACACAGAUUUCCUCGGUCGUGAAGCUUUACUGAAACAGCGUCAGGAAGGUGUGACUCGGAGGUUUGUUAUGUUAGUUCUUGACGACCACGACACAGAGUUGGACCUGUGGCCAUGGUGGGGUGAGCCCAUUUACCGUAAUGGUCAGCUGGCAGGCACAACCACCAGCAGUGCAUACAGCUACACCCUCGAGCGUCAUGUCUGUCUGGGCUUUGUUUCCCCACCUCCAGGGCCAGAGGGGCUUCCAACACCAAUCACUCCAGACUUCAUCAACAGAGGGGACUAUGAAGUGGACAUUGCAGGCCAGCGUUAUCCAGCUAAAGCCAAACUCUAUCCCUUCAGUUCCCUGUUCACUCAACAAAAACGUCGCAAAGAUGACCUGGAGCUCAGCAACCUUUAGGGCAAGUAAUAAUAUAAAAAAAACCCUCAUAGGGGUCAUUAGGCACUCCACCAAUUUACCGAAUCCACUCCUGCUAAAAAUGCACAGUGCCAUUCAUUUUCAGUUUGUCAUUUGAGGCAGGUUGCUCCUUUACGGUGUCCUUGUGGAACUUUUUAAAGUGCAAUAUUAGAAAAGGACUUUCCCCUGCUGUUUGACUCCAUAUCAAGUGCCUUUAUUAAGGCAACAUCAGCACAAGCUGCUGUCAUUUGUCACUUUACUUGUUCAGUUGUCUAUUUAGUUGUGACACACCAUGACUGUACUUACUUUUGACUGUCACAGGGUCAACUUCUGUUGUUGUGCAAUUACCUUAAAAGUCAAUGUUGUGAUCUCUCUAAUGACUCCACAUAGUUCAUAUUUCUAUAUAUGGGAGAGCAUUCUAUGUGCCAUUGUGGCUAUUGGUUAAAAUCAAAUAUUGACCACUACAUGAAAAAUACUAGCAAAGAUAUAAGUGUGCUUUCCAUUUGGCAGGGAAGCUGCUAUAUUAUUGCCUUGUGAUAAGGCUUCCCUUGUCUUUCUUAUCUAAUUGCACAAAAUGUAAAGGUGGUGUUAUGUUUGUGUUAUUUAUGUUUUCUGUAUAGAGCAUCGUUUUUAUUGUAGGCAUUUCUUCAUUGUACAUGUAGUGUUGAAUGUAUGGCAGAUGGGUAAAAGAUUAAGUGAAACUAGUUUUAUCCCAAAUAUAUUUGCAAGCAAACUACAUCUUAAAUGGGCCAUGGAGUUUUUUGUGACCCAGUGUGAUGACAUAAGAAAGGGAAGAGUUAAUUUACUUUUGCAAUAAAGCCGUGUAUUUUUGUAUAGCUAUUAAAUGUCUAUUUACUGUACUAUUAGUUGAUUAUUGGUUAAGUUGUACUGUUGUGUUGCAGUUAUGUUUUAGGUGGCAUAUCAGAAAUGCUUUACAUGCUAUGCCUACAUGUAGAAAUGUUUGUAUCGUUAUGGGGCAAAAAUAGACAAACUUCACAUUUUGGACAAAAUACACAUCUUCACAAAACUGUGUAAUGACGAGAGCUGUAGGUUUACAAGUACAAUCUUUUCCACAUAAUCAUCCUUGCUUUUGAUGCAGUCACAGCUGUAAAAUAAGGGCUAAUGUUUUUACCCUGUCCCAGUACUUUAAAAGCACUUUUUUAAAUUGAAAGGUGUAUAGUUUAACGCAUUGACACAUUUCUCCUUCAACCAAACAUAUGAUAAUAAAUGUUUGCACAACCACGUUUGGUCCUGUUGCUAUGUAGUUUUGCAUCUAUUCCAAAGUUAGACUGGAAUUUUCAAAGUGAACUAGCAACAGAUUUAUAAAAUAUGUAAGUGCAAUAUAUAAAACAUUUUAUUAUACAAAUACGCUAGCAUUAUACAUUUGGUCCACUAGACCUCAAGUUCUCCGAGCUUUGCGUGGGCGGCAUCCAUUAUGUGGCACAGGCGUGUUGUCAGUGAUGGACACCACCUCCAGGCCUCCCAUGGUUAAGCCUUUAAUUGCAGACUGCAAAGGACAGACAUGCGUUUUAACUCAAGGGUUCAUCGGGGUUUAAAAAGAAAGCAUGUUCAGUGGACACACAAAUGUAAUCAUAGCCAACCUUGCCAUGUUCACUGUUUACUUGGUGUUAGGCCAGUAAUAGGUGUCAAACCUGAGUGUGUGUGGUGUGUGUGUAUUAUAUAAUAUAAAAAAAAAAAUGUAUAUAUAUAAUAAAAUAUAAUAAAUAAAUAAAUUAAAUCUCUAUAUUA